UGGUAGUAUUACUAUUCAUAUCAGAAGUGUACUUUCAAAUUCCAUGACAUCACACGCGUCGCCGACGUCCCUCGCGAUGGUGCUGCUCUUAAAGUCUGAAGAUGCCAAGUACGCUGAGCCCUUUCGAAGCCACGGAUAUAACAUCGUGUUUUCGGACGUCCUCGCAUUCUUCAAUGAAAACGUCGACGCCCUGCACAAGAUUCUCCGCACCCUGGAUCAAUACGUCGGACUAAUCAUCACCAGUCCCCGUGCAGCCUCCGCCAUAGUGUCGGUAGUUCGCUCGGUUGCUCGUGAAGAAGCACAAGAGCUUCUUGCGUCGUUGCAGCGUGUGUCCAUCUAUUCGGUUGGGGCAACCACGUCCAAACCGUUGCGAGAGCUUGGUCUGUCCUGCCUGGGUGAGGACUCUGGCUCCGCCGAGGUCUUGUCCACAUUCAUUGCCGACACCGGCAAUGUCAAUGGUCCAAUGGUGUUCUUCUGUGGCGACAAGCGCAUGCAGGCACUGCCGACGAGCUUCGAUGGGCGAUCCCAACGACUCGACGAACUCGUAGUGUAUUCGUCGCGCCAAGUCGAAGAAAUUGUAUGGCUAAAGACCAACAUUCCGCAAUGGGUCGUAUUUUUUAGUCCAAGCGGCGUCGAUGCUGCGCAGCGCAUGACAAACGUGCCGUGGGAUACGAUCAAGAAAGCGGCGUUAGGCAAGUCCAGUGCGGCGGCCUUGGAGAAGGCGGCCCUGCUGCGUCACGACAAGUCGUGGGAAGCCAAGGCCGUGGCGGCAAAGCCGACGCCAGAGGAAUUGGUCGCGGCGAUUGUAGCGCACGAUAAGCUGGCAACAACAAGCUCGGAUUAAUACGAAGUUAUAGGUCUAUUCGACGCCAUAGCGCGCCUUCAAUUGGGACAAUUCCUGUU